AUGAACAAUUCCCUGGAUUAUCUAGCCUAUCCUGUUAUUGUUUCUAAUCAUAGGCAAACCACAACCUUCAAGAAAAAACUGGAUUUCGGCAACUAUGCAUCUCACAAGAAUAGAGUACAAAUAGUGAAGCCGGCAGUUGAUACCAAACCACCGUUGGCCCAUUCACCUCACAUUUUAAAAUUGAGCAAACUACAGAGUGAGCAAAAGAAAAUUGACAAAAUCGAGUAUGAAAAUAAGCAGCUAUGUCAGAAAAUUGCCAAUGCGCAUCGAGGCCCUGCCCAAGUGGACUGCUGGAAUGAAUAUUUAUCCAGAAGCCUAAAUAGAGAAGUAAGGAACCGGGAGCUAGUGAGAAUCACAGUGGAAAACCAGGGCAUUCUGAAGAGGCUGGGUGAUCGCAAACCCCACUAUGACCGCAGGGCAUCGGAGCUAGACUGGCAGAAUUCAAGGCGCUAUAUCAAAAAUACAACAAAAUAUAUCGUCUCACAAGAUGACUAGGCUACACACUGUGGAAAAGACACAAGAAAUUUCCCUGGCCAGGAUGCUGGAUUUUUCUCUUUUUUUUCCUUUUAAUUUUUGGCUGCAUAGUAUC